AUGAAGGCAUCUGCUUCCUUGUUGAUGUUUUUUCUCCUUGUACUGAUUUACAAUAUACACCAAUCUAAUGCAUUAUGUCCAUCUCAAUGUGGUUGGAAAGCCGAUUGCAGGAACAGCACAUGCGAGUGUCCAGCAGGGUACAACCUUCAUUCCAACCACAGAGAUUGCAAAGCAGCUAUUUGUACUGGAGAGGACUGUUUAGAGUGUAAUGCCGAAAACAAAUGCCAAAGAUGUACAAAUUUCUUAUCAGAGCAAAGUCGCGAGUGUUUGUUGAAGUGUAAUGGUGAGGCUAAGAUACUACUGCGAGGAGACCUUCAGGGAAGUGUAUGUACAGAGGUGAAAAGUGAUGACAGUAACCUUGACAUUAUUAUCGGUGUGGCGGCAGGUGUGUCUGCUGCCAUUAUCAUCUGUCUUAUCAUGGGCAUCAUUGUGUACUGCCACCUAAGGAAGAACAGGCAGAAAAUUCAUCUACAACAACAGAAGUACAAGGCUGAAAACAUGCAACUAGGAAAAUUAACAGCUAUUCCUACAUAUGAUAACAAAGGUUAUGAGCCAGAUGUAGAUAUAUUGCGGGCACGACUAAAUAGUGUGGUGGACCGUGACCAGUAUAAGGCAGAGUAUGAGAAGCUGCUCCCACAGGCUGAAGUCCUGCUGAUGCUCCUUAACCAAAUCCGACGUAAACUUAGAGCCAUGGACAAUGGAGAUCCUCGUGUUCCUACAUACAAGGGUGUCAUCCAUCAGCUGUGUCGAGUACUGGUACUGCUCCAUAAAAAAGAACCAGUGACCAGCAUUCCAGCUGACGCUCUAGGAUUGUUUGAGUGGGCUCAUCAGCUUCUCGAGGAUUAUCAGCUUGACAAUCCGGAACAAACCACACCCACCUCAGAGGAGGCCCCACCCAGUAAGAUUUCGUACAUUGAGGUACCAGAAGAACAGCGUCAGAGUCUAUACCACCAGUAUGCGAUUCCCCAUAUACAUCGUCAGAAGGCCACAAAUGGCCACAGCAAACAGCCGUCCACCGCUUCUCGUCAUUCAGACACUGGUUACUAUAGCAGUACUCCAGUGCCGAUAGAAUACCAUAGCAAUACCCUCCCAGCCACACGCAGUUCCUUCCAUCCAGAACCCAAAUCCUCAAAAACCACCAAGAAAGAAAGCCGCAAAGCUAAGAGUGCCACCAAUAUACACCACAAUCUUCAGGGAAGUGACUUGUCCAUGGGUUAUUUUACAAAUGGACGAUAUUAUGAACCAGCUCCACAACAUGAAAUAUAUGCUCCUGCCAGUUCCUAUAGUGAUCGCAGUAACCACCUCUUGUCAACAUUCCAGGCAGUCACCAUUCCACACGCUCAGUCUUACUCCUCAUCGAUUGGCAAUUCAGAUGAUUUGCGAGAAGCUUCAGAGAGAGAGGACAGAGAUAUGGAUGGUGAAGAAGAUACAAGUGACAAUGAGGCUUUGCCCUUUGACCCAAAGGAUGCUACAGAGCCAAUGGAAGUCUGA